UUCCUCCUCAGCUCCGUCCUCCUCCUGCGCUCCCUCUCAGACAAAAGUAGUGAGAGAGUAAGGGUUAUGGUGGGAGGAGGACAGGCUCCUGUUGACGCUGACAGAAGAAGAUGUCCGUGAACGAGGUCUACGUGUUCCGACCCUUCAAGCUAAUCGCGCUGCUCUGCGUCUUCCUCGCGCUCUGUCUGGACGUGGUGGCUCUGCUGAGUCCAGCCUGGGUCACGGCAGACCACUUCUCCCAGUCCCUGUGGGAGUCCUGCUCCCAGUCCGGGUUCCGGCGGCCCACAGAGGAGGAGGAGGCGGAGGCUGCUCCGUGGAACUGCUUCUCCACCCUCACAUCUGAUUGGCAGAUUGCCACCCUGGUGCUGCUGGGGGCCGGUGCGGUGGCGACUCUGGUGGCCUUUCUGGUGGCCCUCGUKUCUCUGUGCUGGGGGACCAAGAGACAACACUACCGCAUCGUAGCAGUGUUCCUCUUCACUGCAGUGGUCCUGCAGGCCUGUGCUCUGGUCCUCUACCCCAUCAAGUUCAUCGACGGAACCGUUCGGGAGACCUAUCACGAGUUCAACUGGGGCUACGGGCUCGGCUGGGGGGCCACCAUCUUCAUGCUGGGCGGAGGGAUCCUCUUCUGCCUGCGGACGGAUAUUUACGAAGACGCUAUGUAUUAAUCAGCUGCAGAUAAACCCGCAGAGACAUUUCUUCACUCUGCUGCACACGGCCUGUAUGUGUACUCACACAUCUUGUUUUAUUUUCCUUCUGUCUCGCUCUGUUAUUUUUAGACCGGUUUUAAAGGCCUCAUUUAGGGUCAGAGCGGUGUGAGUGGAAUGCCACCCCCCACCCGCCACCUCGCUCAGUCCAGCUGGUAUCCGGGGGGCGGGGGGUGAGGUAGCAGCUCUAAAGCACAGAGUUUUCUGGACAGGCUCGAGGCACCAUUGCUGGACGUUUCCACUGCCCUGGAUGUGUUUUGUUAAACAGAAACGGACCUGAGUGUGCUGCGGGUCAUUAUGUACCAGGACUGACUCACCUCCACACUUUGUUUUUUUUAGUGUUUUUAUAGCUUUUUAUGAAGUUGAGCUUUUUAAUAAUGUAUUUAUAGCACAUUUUUUUCACCACCUUUGCAAUGAAAGCAUGAACAUGGCUAGUAUGUAAAUAGACUGACUUUGAUAUUUACUAUCAAGUGAAAGUUUUUUUUUAUUUUAAAAAACUACUUUUAGUUUGUCUCAUGAAAACUGUAAAUGUGUACAAAUGAUUUCUUUAYGAUGGAUGUUCUGAAUAAACAACACUAGUUUUGAGAGAA